AAGAAUAUUAGAUCACAGUUUAAAAAAAAAAAAGUAUGGGGAAGGUUGUUUUUAAGUAGACAGUUGCUGGAGGAAGGCACGUGAGUUGCAGCCUGGCCAGUGCGACCAGUCCUCCUGGAACAGCCACGCUGCUGGAAAACGCGCCCUUACUCCGCCCGCCUCCGGGCCCUGUCCCGCGCCGCUGGCACAGGCGCUCACAAUAACCUCCUAGAGUGGUGCCAGCUGCACCUCCGCGCGGCCCCGGCGCCAGCAGCCAAUGAACACGCGGCUGCGCCCGGCCUCACGCCUCCAUUGGCUGCGCCCCAUCGCCCGCGGCCCCGCAAGUUCCCAAGCUGGGUUUAAAGGGGUCCGGCGCGGGCCAGGGCCCCACCAUCGGCUCCCCGCGCGCAGGUCCGCGGGGAGGGGCGGCUUGCAGACCUGCCCACCCCGGGGCGUUCCUGAAGGGCGUCCUCGGCCGCCCCCACCGCCUCCCAGAUGUACUAUGCGGUUUCCCAGGCGCGCGUGAACGCGGCCCCCGGGACCAUGCUGCGGCCACAGCGGCCCGGAGACGUGCAGCUCGGGGCCUCCCUCUACGAGCUGGUGGGCUACAGGCAGCCACCCUCGUCCUCCUCCUCCUCCUCUUCCUCCUCCUCCACGACGGCCCCCCUCCUCCCCAAGGCUGCGCGCGAGAAGCCGGAGGCGCCGGCCGAGCCUUCAGGCACCGGGCCCGGGUCCGGCGCGCACGCGGGCGGCAGCUCCCGGCCGGACGCCAAGGAGGAACAGCAGCAGCAGCUGCGGCGCAAGAUCAACAGCCGCGAGCGGAAGCGCAUGCAGGACCUGAACCUGGCCAUGGACGCGCUGCGCGAGGUCAUCUUGCCCUACUCCGCGGCACACUGCCAGGGCGCGCCCGGCCGCAAGCUCUCCAAGAUCGCCACGCUGCUGCUCGCCCGCAACUACAUCCUGCUGCUGGGCAGCUCGCUGCAGGAGCUGCGCCGAGCCCUGGGCGAGGGCGCCGGGCCCGCCGCGCCGCGCCUGCUGCUGGCCGGGCUGCCCCUGCUCGCCGCCGCACCCGGCUCCGUGCUGCUGGCGCCCGGCGCUGUAGGACCCCCCGACGCGCUGCGCCCCGCCAAGUACCUGUCGCUGGCGCUGGACGAGCCGCCGUGCGGCCAGUUCGCGCUCCCCGGCGGCGGCGCAGGCGGCCCCGGCCUCUGCACCUGCGCCGUCUGCAAGUUUCCGCACCUGGUUCCGGCCAGCCUGGGCUUGGCCGCCGUGCAGGCGCAGUUCUCCAAGUGAGGGCCUGCCCGGGCCUGGGGCGCGACCUCGGCCCGGCCUCCCGCCGCUCAGCUUCUCCGCGCCCCUGCGCCCUGCGUCGGGGAGAGCGAGGCCGAGCAAGGAGAGCAUUUCGAACCUUCUAGUCCAGAGGAAGGGACUGUCAGGCACCCACUUCCCCGCCCCCACCCCUGGGAAGCUAAAGCGACCGGAGCGGAUGUUCGUUGGCGGGUCUGGGCUGUUUGGGGUUCUGGGUCGGUUCCAGCGGCUUUGGGCAGAAAGCGCUCACUCUCACCCAGCACAGCUCUCUCCGAGUGCCUGGAGUUUCGCGCUUCGCGGGGCCGAUGUAGAAUUUAGGGCACCGUGCCGUGGUUGGAGCGGCCCGGGUGCGGCGAGAGGCCACCCCUGAGCGCGACCUCCCAGAGCGGAGCACCCUGGCUCCCAGGCGGAAGGGCUGCGCUCUAGCAGCGGCGGGGGCGGAGGGGUGGUUCUUUUCCUUCUCCCCAGCCCGAGGCCACGGGCGCCCUAGUUCUCACCGGCCAGGUCCUAUCAAAAGAGACCGCCGCACCUCAAGAGGCAGAGAAAGACCAGUUAGGCGACGCAGACGGUCUGGGACGUGGCAGACGGACAAACCCUCGGCGGCGGGUGGGGGCGAGGACAACGCAGGGUGCCCUGGGUUGGGACCUGGGUCCGCCUUUGUAAACCAGCUGUUUGGAGAGCUGUAUCUGAGACUCGCGCAACAGGUAUUUUGUAGCGGAGAGCAUUCCCUCUUAAAUCCUGGGGGCUUCUUGGAAAGGCAACUUAGAACUCACCUUUCGUCUCCCUCUCCCCAAAAGUAGCGUAACCAACAUUUGAGCUUGCUUAAAAACGAAAACCAAACCGCCUUGCACGCAGUGUUCCUGAAUUACUAAAAUAGGUAACCAGGCGUUUCACAGUCGCUGUCCUGUCAAGACCGCUAAUUAACGUUCUCAUUAAAAGACGCGCAGGAGGACCGGGAACCCCCAACCGCCCGCGGCGCGGCUGAUCCCAGCUGCGGUGGCGACCGCGGGAAGGCGCUUUCCGCGGUUCCUUAGCGGGCCGGGCCCUUGACCAGCGCACCCCGCAGGCCUUCCUUCUGGCCGUCUUGCAGUUGAAGAGCUACAUACGUGGUCGGUUUCGAUUUGUUACAGACGUUAACAAAUUCCUUUACCCAAAGUUAUGCUAUGACCUUUCCACAGUUUGCUUUGAUUUUCUAUGUUUAAGGUUUUGGUUGUUGGUAGUGGCUGAAUUUAACUGGCACUUUAUUUUACUUCUAACCUUGUUUCCUGGCGCUGUACAGAAUCAACAAAAUAAAACAUUUAAAGCCUGAUGUUUUA